UCGGACUCGCAGGCUGGCAACAAAGUUGACUUUGAUAACGCUACGAAUCUCGAGAAAAAAUGUCCUCUGCGGACGAAAAUUCGGCUUUAAAAAGGAACUCUGUCCAUCAAACAAGGCUCAGUCUCGAACUCCAACAACUGGAAAGGGAUAGAACGACUCGCAUGCGUGAAAUGGAAAAGGCAACCCAAGCGUUUGCGCGGAGACAGGAACAAAUUCAGGGCAUACGAGAUAAAGCUUCCUUACGAAGAGUUCCGAGCGCUCCACCCAUACAAAACCAUUCUGGCCGCACGCCACUCAGUAAAAGUGUUCUUGCAGCUGAUUCAAAAGAAGAUUUGACCCUUCAACCAUUCAUAACCAAAAACGUAAGACUGGAAAGUGCACCCUUGUCGAGAAAUCGUAGAGCACUUCACAAAACAGUGACAAUGCCUUCGAUGGAUCUACUUCCAUCGCACGGCGGUUUUACCGGCUCCGCUGGUAACUUAUCAUCUAUUUGUAGCGAUCCAACGCAAAGAAGAACUAGCCCAAACAAAUUAGGAUUUGUAUCUCCGUUACAAACGCCCCCAAGUGGCACAAGAGUGCCAAUGUACAGUCGGAAUUUUACAGGUGUGCGACAACGGGACGAUGCAAUGACAGCUAGCCUGCCUCGAAGAAAGACCAGUUUACCUCAAUUAACUAAUGGCACGAGAACCACAAGAAGUAAAUCUGUGUCCUACUAGUCAAGAGAGCUUCACUAAUCAGUGUUUUUAUUAAUCUAUCUUUUGCUAUGAUUUUCUCGUGAACUCUCCAAGAUCUCCAGUCAACUCCUAGAUCGGUUCGUUACCAUGACAUAGGAAUGUUUUUCGGCUUUUCAUUUCGAGACAACUUCUCUAAGGAGUGUGAAAUAAUCCAAUCAUCAUGAAGGACCAUGAAGUUGUCUAAAAUAAGUAGUGGUUGAUGUCUAUAACUUGCGGUUGGAAUAUUGCUUGUUUUUUAUGUUCGUGUUGUGAGAAGUAGUACUCAAUAAUUACCUCAAAUUGGGCACACAUCGAAAAUCACGUUUGGCAAAAUAGAAGACCGUCUGACCAGAUAGAGUAGAUAAGGAAUUAAGUAAUCAAGAGGGCAAAAGUUAGGUUGUACAGUCAACACAACAAAAACUAUUUUUCCACGAGUUCGACCUAAAGAAGUUAGGACAUUUUCUUGUUGAUCUUAAUCAAGUUGACGUGCGAAAGCAUACCAAAUAUUGCGUGACCUUUAGAACUUAAGCACAGUGGGUUCCCAAAUAAACAUAGUUAUACAAAUUGGCUAUUUUUAUCCUCAUAAAUCAAUCAAGAGAUUUUAUCUUUGUUGGGACAUCUGAAUUGGUAAACUGCUGAACUACAGUGAACUUUUCAAAUUAACAUUCGAGGAAAACAAAAGAUUUAUAGCUGUGUAAUUCAGCGUUGUUGUUUCAACCGGAAACGAUGUGAAACGCAUUAACAGGCUUUGUUUGAUUGCUUUUAGCGAGUGUGAUCGAGCUGUUAAAAAAAAGUGUUUUGUCUAAAGAAAAGUAAUUUAAUUUUCAUUUAGUUUUUAAAAACAAGUGUGCUUUUUAUUCCUACGUUUCAUCAUUUGUGUGUUAAGUAAAACUCCAGAACAUUU